AUGGCCGACGAGCUAGUAACUACGAGCCCAUUGCAUAGCCAAGACGAGCAUCCUCUACGCACAGGAGACAAUGACAAUGUCUCUAAUACUCGCGAGCAUUUGUCAGCGAGUUUAUUAGGGUCUCAGAGUGAUGGUCAUUCAGUUGAAGAGCACAAGAGCAGCACAAACCUGACAGAUGAAGAGCAAACACAAGCAGUACUUUCUGUGGAUGAAAGUGAGGUCUAUUUCCUCAUUGCAGACUUUUUAACUCGUCACUCGGUAUGUCCCAAAGCAGCAAAUGCGUUGAUUCAGGAAUUGGCGGAGCAUCAGUUACUUAAGAGCAGCGUCGACUGGACCGGCACAUCUCGUACCGCUACGUACGAGGAUUAUCGAUUACGUCAUCGAGAUCUCUCAUCCAGUCAUAUAGUCGAGCUCUUACAAGAAAUUACGACGUUUUCAAGACUUGAUGGGAAGAAUGACGGUGACAAGAAGAAAAAGAAGACGAAGGAUGUGCACACUAGUUUGUUACUUAAGACGAGAGUGAGGAGACAGUUGAUGUUGUCACUGGACGAGAGCAAAAAAUUAGCCAAAGAUAUUGUAAAGCAGCUUUUUCGACUACGAGAAGUGCUCAAGACGGUAAAAGUCGUGGAAAAAGUGAUUAAGAAAUACGAGCGGUAUCAGAAGUACACGACUAUGACGAGUGUGGAAGAGUUACCGCUAGAGCUGCAGCUAGCAAUGGUAGACAACGAUACAGGGAUAAAGACAGACACGAACGAGGAUAAAGUGACGAUGUUGGCGGCCGAUGUGCGUGCAUUGAAGCAACUUUUCCACUUACGACAGGAUCGAGCAGCGGUGGAGAAACAGAUUCAUAUGUUGAUGGAACGUGCAAAACGCUCUGGACUAUUUCAGACGACGGUGCGGAAUGGACACAAUCAGACUUCGUUGUUGCAACGAAGAGAGGUUAGCUCGCAGCGUGAUACACAGCUUCCUCCAGCGUAUGUGUACAGUCGAAUACGGAGGCUGAAAACGCUGAGUGGACACCUACAGAUUCAGGCUUACUGUCUUGCAUAUGAUAAAUUGGGCAAGGUCGUGAUUACGGGAUCUGAUGACAGACUUGUGAAGAUCUGGUCGUUGAGAACAGGAGAUUUAUUAUUCACGUUACGAGGACAUGUGGGUAACAUCACGGAUCUGGCAGUGAAUCACGCUAACACGCUGCUGGCCUCAUCCUCCGACGAUAAGACUGUGCGAGUGUGGGAAAUGAGUACAGGCGCCCCAGUUGCGGUUUUGGUGGGACAUUCUAGUGUUGUGAAUGCAGUUCGAUUUCAUCCGAGCAAAAAUAUCAUCGUCACAGCCUCCGACGACGGUCGGUGUUUUUGCUACAAGGUGCCGGAGAUUCCAUUCAUGGAUCGACCAGAAACAAAGAUUGAGACUGCGCGGCGCUUGUACUCGCUAAAUGCGUACAUGCUGAGUUUGCACCCCAUCUACGCGAUGAAGCAUGCUCAACGAGAAGGAGUUCGUUCAUGCAAAGUGCACUGCGUCUCCUUUAGCCGUUGCGGAGAUUUUGUAGCUUCUGGCGGCCACGACGGAAUAGCGCGUGUGUGGGAUUUGUCGAUGGUUUCAGCGCCCGAUGCACCUGCCGUCGUACCACGAUUUCAGCCGACAGAUGAACCACAGGAAGCAAGAGCGCAGGAGCAACAGUCCAGUGAAAACGGAUCAAGAAGUGAUCAACAAUCUUCUGCUACAAUCCCUUUUGGUGGCGCAACUGGAACUCAAGCCUUGAGUACACCAUCUGCGAGCUUACAGACUCCAUUGGUGCAACAGCUGAUACGUCAGGCUAAUGAUAUCGCCGCACCAGCAGCUUCAGCUGAACGUUUUGGAGAGGUAGUAACCGCAACAGCGCCAAUGGCUCCUAGACUGCCUCCAUUGCAGGCCCGAUCGCCAAUGCAACCUCAGACUGGUGCGGAGGUGCCACUGCCAACUGUUGCAGAAGGGUUGCAGCGUGAGAUGGCACCUCGACAACCGCAGCCUCCACAGGUGCAGAAUGAUCUGCCUUCUUUAUCUAUUUCCGAUGAUGACGUUCCAAGCAUCGAGGCAAUUGCAUUGUUUAAGGGGCAUCAAGGCCCAGUGUCGAGUAUCGUCUACAAUUAUCGCGGCGACCGGAUUGUAACUGCGUCUAUCAAAGAUAGUGUUGCGCGGGUAUGGAAGUGGAAGCGGAAGUACAAAUGUGUGCAUGGGGUUGUUCUCUUUGCGAAAGAGUCGCCAGUGGAGCAUGAUGACAUUUCAGCUCUCUACGGGAUCCGUGGUCGUAAAAAGGCUAUUCCCGUCGUAGACAUGGUUGCAUGGACACACGAUGAUAGACGACUUAUCACACUCCAUAGUGUCAAACUUAAUUCGGAGCACGUGGACGCUUGGGAGCAGAGGAUACGUGUCUGGGAACCAGAAAGCGGACAGUUGCUGAUGACGUUGGGUGCGGUUGACAAAGAGAAGAAAAACGGACAUGUGAAUGCUGCUUUUGCUUUAAGUGCACACCCGACGGAUUGGCGCAUUGUAGUCACGGCAGGGUACGAUGGACGUGUAUUCUUGUGGGACAUAUCCACGGGUAGAAUGCUGAAGUCUUUUACGAAUCUAUCUCCGGACUCAAAGCCACUUUCCAAUCUUGAUGGUGGUUUUACACCGAACGGCGAUGGUUUUUGCUUUACGGAUCAGAUUGGUCGGCUACUUAUCUUUGGUACGGGUUCUGGAGAGGAGUACGCGGCGACGCCAGUGCAGCAGUACUUCCUUCAUGACUACGUAAUGCUUGUUACUGAUGGACACUACAAUGUGCGAGACAGGGAAACUCGCGAGUUACCGAGCUUGAUGGAUUCGGGCCCUUUGAUGGACGCAUCGCUAGUUCAGUAUCCACACCAGCCACCCCAUCUGCUAACCAAUGCUUUAAUAUCAUCUGAACAGUAUGAGGUGAAUCGAAAACUGCGAAUCCGACAGAGCAAAGAAUCGGAAAUUCGAUGCGCAGUAUGCCCUCAGCCUGAAACUGAGGAGGAUGUCUACUCAUUCCCGCUAGCUAUCGUAAAGAACGACGAAAAUGAUUCCGACCAGGAACAUAGGGCAUUUGCUGCUGAUGCAAUGGCACCGGCUAGAGCCGCGUACAGAUUGAACGGUGCCCCACUGAUGUUGUCAGAGCUUCGGCGUCAUGAGUCUCGAUCUAGAAGAGACGCGGACCCACGGCGUCGGCGUGAGACAUUUGCUGAAGAGCGCGAUACAUCAGUGCUAGAAAUUGAAAUUUCCAGUGAGGAUGAUCGAAAUGACGAAGACUUUCAGGUGCCAACGCCGCGACAUGCUGCUGCGGAAGAAGAAGAGGAAGACGAGGAAGAGGAGGACGAAGACGAGGAUGACUUUGACCCCGACGACGAGCUUAGCGAAAAUGAAGGAACUGUCAUAUCUCCAGCAAACUCCAGGCGGAGGCGGCUUCGCAGCACUCGACAGCGAGAGCCGCCACGUGUUCGGUUUCCAGCUCGUGGCGGUCGACGAUUACAGUCAAAUAGCGAGGGAGAGCACGAACAAGACGACACGCCUCGGCAGUUGCGGGCUCGAAGAAAUGCAGUAAGAUCUCGCUCCAGAUUGGUUAUUGAUAGCGACGCAGAAGAGGGAGGCGAUGAGGCAUCUGAUCAGCAUACGGGUACAAUUGACGCCGAAAGAGACUCGAGUCGCCGUGGAGGCCAGGACGAAGUUGUCGUUGAGUCGAAUGAAGGAAUCAUUAUAAGCGAUAACCAGCUAGAUCGAUUCGAUCAGAGUGUCACAUAUACACAAAUGCUUCAAGCGAAAAGGGCUCAGCUUGGCGCGGCACCAGUUCCAGCAGAAAAUGGUGAUGAUGCAUUGAUUCCAUGUGCGUUUUGUGGUGUUGGAGAUGAUAAUGCAAUGCUCAAGUUACCUGGAGACGGCAUGGGUGUGCAUCCAUUAAUUUAUGGUGCUCAAAGGGUAUUUGUGCAUGAUCAGUGCGCUAUUGCCUCUCCUCUUUGUUUCAACCGAGAUGGCAACUGGUAUAAUGUGACCAAAGAGAUUCGACGCGGACGUUCUCUGAUCUGUGUUGCAUGCAAUAAGCGCGGAUCAACGAUUGGUUGUACAAUCGCCGCAUGUCGGAACUCGUAUCAUUGGAAAUGUGCGAUCAACUUUGGCUGGUCUGUAGACCAAAUGCACUUCUUCUGCCCAGACCACCAAUCUCGGCACGCCCAAAGGCAUCAGCAAGAGGAAAACAUUCAACUUGUAGCGGAAGACGGGGGAGCUAUUUUUGAACCUGCUUCCAAGCGCUUUGGUCUCACAUACCACCGCGGGUGGUUGCAACUGGUCAGUCUUCGAUCGAUUCAUCAGUACGUCCCACAAGUUGGUGACCAUGUGGUGUACCUGCCGGAAGGACAUCCUGGAUAUUUAGAUUACGGGGGAAUACCGUAUCCACGAUAUUUUGCGCAAUUGUCCAGGUUCUAUGCAGUCAAGUGUCGCGUUAGUGAUGUGAAGUAUGUAUUCCCAACCGCCGAAGAGCACGUGAGGUGCGACACUAUCAAGUGUGAGCUUUUGCUUGCCGUGCUUGCUGUGCCAACAUCAGCUGUACGUCCUGCUAGAGAUUGUGAGGAGCAAAAACGAGAAGAAGAAACCAAAGAUGAUGCUGCAUCUGGCACAACCGACUUGUUUAAGCCGGAGUCGUCCCCAUUUGCAGAAUUUACGAGUGUUGAUCAAGAAUUGUCGCCCACUGUAAGUGAGUCAUCAGUACGAUUCAACUUCAAGAUCCUGUAUCACUCAAACGAUGUGGCGAACUUCCUCGUGCUCGAUCAUGUCUACGAGAGUGGGGUAUGCGGCAACUGGCGCAUAGGUGAUCGUGUUCAGAUGCCCUUUGUACAACUGAAUGAACACGGCCUUGAGGUUGAAGCAAAAAUGUCGUACGGGACUAUUGAAAAUAUCUGUCGGAAGCCGCUUCUGUCAAGUAGAUUGGGAGAAAUCUCGCCCUGGGAUUGCGUCAAGGUUAACUGGGAUGACCCAGACGAUGAUACGUGUUCCGUGUGUCCAUGGGAACUAGAGCCAUCUUCACCUGAAGAGCGACGUGAGAAGCGUGAACUCUCUCUUCGUAGGCGUUCGACGCGGCUUUACUUCUCACGAAGUAUUAUUGGCGAAAAGUGUGAAGCGCUUUUACAGGAAGUGGACCAGGUGUUGACACUGUCAAUUUCGCGCGACUUCAUGUAUCCCGUCGACGAAGAAACUUUUUUAGACUACCCGAUAUCGAUUGCCAAUCCAAUCGAUUUAACAAAAAUCCAACAACGACUACGGUUCGGCUUUUAUCGUCAAGUGGAGGCGUUCUUAGCUGAUGUGAAGCUGCUGAGUAUUAACUGCGAGACGUACAACAUUCCAUCCAGUCCGAUCUCCCAGAACUCACGAAACCUGUUCUCUGCAGUUUUGACGCAAGCGCAACGUCAUUUUCCACACCUGUUGCGCGAUGAGAAUCGUCGAGACUCUGAGGGAGAGCUAGCCAACGUGGUUUACUCGUACCCCCCAGAUGAUUUCUUGACAAAUUUUAGUGAAGAUUCCGAAGAAACACAGUUGGAACUACUGGAAAUUGGUUUGUUGACUCCAGCACCGGAGGAAAGUUUUAGCAACUCUGCUGCACCUGUUGUUAGUCCUGUUAGUCCUGUUGAUGUUCGUGUGUCUCCUGCAGCGACUCUUUCUGCUAUGACUCCUUCUGCUAUCGGUAACGUGGAUGCUGUUUCGCCGCAAGCAACAUCUCGUCAUCGCGCAUGCAGCAAUGAAGAGACAAAGGAAGACGAUGCAAUUGAAGCGAAGACGGACGACAUAGUGGAGCAAAAUGACGAAGGAAGUGUUGACAGCGUAUCCAGCGAAGAACAAUUUACGACAACUAAUGCGGAGGAUGGUGCUGCUACGGCUGUCAAUAGCUCGAGACAACUUCGGAACCGUGAGGCAGGAGAACCGCAAGUUUUGUCACCUCGAAUUCGGCGCGCAACUCGAGUGGCAACAGCCCCAUCAACCGGUAGUGUUAGCAGAGGAGCACCCGCACAAAAGCGGCAGCGUAAAAACCCUGACCAGGAGCUCUUGACCUACUCAUCCCUCAUGGAUAAUUACACCAGUCCACACCGUGAUGCUGUAGAGCGGGCAUGUGGCGAGGAUCUAAGAGCCGUGCUACAAGUGUUCCACGAGGCUUUAACUGAUGCUGACAAAACGGAUAUAUUUGGCUCGCCUGUGACUGACGAUGUGGCCCCACAGUACUCCGAGAUAAUUGUUCACCCAAUGGACUUUGGAACGAUACAAGACAAACUGGACGACUACAAAAGCUUCCGUGACUAUUUCGCUGACGUAGAACUUGUGUUUUCCAAUGCGAUCACGUACAAUGGCUGGGAUUGUUUCGUCGGCGGUCUUGUAGAGGACUUGCAGAAAUACUGCAUCAAGUUCCUGCUGGACGCGGUGGGCGUGAACCUCCAAGGACAUACAAUACCUGCUAUGAAGAAGGCAAGACGACCAAUCGGUCGCGCUUCUAGCGCGAGAAACAAGCCAUCACCUGCUGCACAGGGUAAGCGGCGAGCCCGCCGAAAACCUGUCGCCGCUAUUUCAAACGAUGCAGAAGAUAGCUGGAGUAGCUCGGAAAGCGAGCAGGAGGACGAUGACGACGACGAUAUAGAAGAAGAUGACACAGAUUUCAGUGAUGAGUCUGAUUAUGGCAGUGUCGGCAGAAAGCGACAGCUUCGGCGACAUGCGUCAGCUCGCGAAAGCAAGAAGAAGAAAAUCAAGCGGCGCCGCUAA